UGCAGUCUCCUCUCGAAACAAGCUCUAAAUGUUAAAUCUGCUGUACAGCAAGUCUAUACACGAUCAAGCACGCACGACGCAGGACCGCUCUGACGUACGUCAGCGUUAUUCACUGUCUAUCUGCACGACGUACGCGGUGGUGGGGGCGCUCGCUGGAUGCAAAAUUGGUCGUGCAAAUCCAGCAAACAAUUAAUAAUAAUUAUCGACGUACGUCAAGCCUAUUCAUGAUCCUUUUGCAUCGUGCAUCGUACAUGGCCUUGGCGGCACGCACAGCAAGAUGGAACGUGAAUAAGGCGCUUAAGAUAACAAGCUUGUUGGACGACGCAAUACGCGACAGCGGGGCGGUGCGGAGGGGUGCGCGGGGGUCGAGCCACCGAUUCGCUCAACGCGGCUCAACCCAACCGCCAGCACGUUCAGUGACCUGCGCGACGCGCCGCUCGACGAACGCAUCGACAUGUCGGACGGAAACGUAGUAUUCCCACAAAAAAUACUCAAGAAAUUCAUACUUUUAUACAAAGAUCUGACGUGUUUAUGGGACAAAGAAUGUCCAGCUUACAAAAUCAAAAUGAAACGACACGAUGCCAUCACUAAAAUGACGGAGCUAGUGCAGGAAUACGAUCCAUCAGCGACCAGAGUGCACAUUUUAAGAAAAAUUGGGAGUCUACGGGCGUGCGUACGUAGGGAAUACAAGCGCGUCCAAGAGAGUAGGAGGAAAGCUACUUGUGAAGAAGAAGUUUACGUUCCUAAUCUGUGGUAUUACGACUUACUGUCAUUCAUAUUUAAGAACGAAGCGCCGGAGCCAGCAAGAUCGCCUAUCCCCACUGCUCGGGGCGGUGCGGCGGGGCGCGGGGGUCGAGCCACCGAUUCGCCCAACCCAACCGCCAGCACGUUCAGUGACCUGCGCGACGCGCUGCUCGACGCACGCAUCGGCAUGUCGGAAGAAAACGUAGUGUUCCCACAAAAAAUACUGAAGAAAUUCAUACUUUUAUACAAAGAUCUGCCGUGUUUGUGGGACAAAGAAUGUCCAGCUUACAAAAUCAAAAUGAAACGACACGACGCCAUCACUAAAAUGACGGAGUUAGUGCAGGAAUACGAUCCGUCCGCGACCAGAGUGCACAUUUUAAGAAAAAUUGAGAGUCUACGGGCAUGUGUUCGUAGGGAAUACAAGCGCGUUCAAGAGAGCAGGAGGAAGGCUAAUUGUGAAGAAGAAGUUUACGUUCCUAAUCUGUGGUAUUACGACUUACUGUCAUUCAUAUUUAAGAACGAAGCGCCGGAGCCAGCAAGAUCGCCUAUCCCCACUGCUAUUAUCACUAUGAAAUUCCUAGUGACCGCCGUCCUAUUAUCGCUUGCUAUUGCAAUCCAGGCUGGAUCCUACUCCGACAGAUACGACAACAUCAACGUAGCCGAGAUCCUGGGAAACAAGAGAUUGUUGACGGCAUACAUCAAGUGCGUUUUGGAAGAAGGAAAGUGCACCGCCGAAGGGAAGGAGUUGAAAUCUCACAUUACGGAUGCGCUUCAAACUGGCUGCACAAAAUGUACCGGAGCCCAACGUAAGGGGAUACGGAGGGUGAUCAAGCACCUGAUCGACAGUGAGCCGGGGUAUUGGGAUCGUUUGGUCGAUAUGUAUGACCCGAAACGUGUUUACACCGGGAAAUACGAGAAAGAACUGCGAACAAUCAAAGCAUAGUUGAUCUAAAGCAAUUCGAUUUAUGCUAACACGACAAAACGCAUCACGAAAUGUAUGGAAACUGUUUAUUGUUAGGUACAUUUGUUAUUAGUACGCUGUGGUACUGUCGUUCAAAAUUCUUUUGUUUCCACAUUUAAAUUUUGACCGGUGUCCGAAAUUCGACCUUAAUCACUGACGACUGAAGAUUUAAAUUCAUCUUUAUUUUGUUUGUUAAAACAGAAGGCCGAAUAAAAAAGUUAUUGAUAACUCAGAAUCUGGUCGAUAUAUAAAUAUAUUCACAGAACAAAAAAGAAAAGGAGAAAUGUCAGACAAACAGGGUGUCUCUUAUAUGUAUGUACAUAUGUAUAGAUAAUAAAAUUACUUGCCUUGUAAAGAAUAAUCGAUAUUAUUCAUAUAUUUCUCCAAUUUCGAUUAAGGUUUAAAAAAAUAUCGUUUUUUCGUCUGUUUGAGAUCUCUAUUUGUACAUUAAAUUAUGAAUAUCGUUUUGUAUGUAAAUUUAAUUUUAUGUUUGUAUCUUCGUCUUUCGAUUGUGAUUUGAAAUCUGCGACAGUUAUUAUUAUAUAAACAUGCUACAGGUGGCGUAGUGAUAGGAAAUAUAUUUUUUAAAACAAUGGUCCGACCAGAGCGUAUAUACUAGUGUUAUAUACUAAGGCGAACAUCUUUGUUUACAUUCAAAGCAAUUUUAGGCCAUUGUUUCGUGUAAUUGAGAUAGCUUUAAUUAAUUUAUUUCAAAUAAUUUAAUGAAUUUUCUUUAGAAUUUAUAAUUGUUAUUGUUUCAUUUCUUCAUUCAUUUAUUUAAUUCGAUCGAGUUUUUUUCUUUCAUAUUACUCCAUUUGUUUAAGGGUGCUUGAUUUGUUUUUAUUAAAUAUUUUAUUCGUUUUUUUGUUACUUUCUUUUUUGUUACAAUAAAAAAAUGCCUAUAUUUAA